AUGGAACAAAAUUUAGCCCGAGAGGAGAACAUUAACCGAACUUCCGCAGAUGUCCGGAUACGAAAAUCACAGCAUUCAGUGUUGACCCGGAAGUUUGUGGAUGUUAUGACAAUGUAUAACGGAACUCAAACCGUCUUCCGGGAACGCACAAAGGACCAGAUACGCCGUCAGUUGGAGAUAACUGGAAAAACCACCACAGACGAAGAACUGGAAGAAAUGUUGGAAAGCGGCAAUCUUUCCAUUUUCACUUCGGACAUCAUUUUGGACACCAAGCUGACCAGAGCAGCCCUCGAUGAAAUUGAGUCGCGUCAUAAAGACAUUAUAAAACUGGAAUCGAGCAUACAGGAAUUGCACGAAAUGUUCAUGGACAUGGCGAUGCUCGUGGAGGUUCAGGUGAGUCUUUGCAUCCUCAAGUAUAACGUGGAUGGUGCUUUGUUAGGUAGAACCGUGCUGGAAUAAUAACUUGUUGUUAUAAAACGACUGGCCUUGCCAUGCAGGAAAUGGCGUAAUAAGAUGGUAGAAUCCCAAUUCUAAGCAAAUCGCACCAACUUAGUAGCUACGGAGAUCACAUAUAAAAUAGGAUAUACUGGCUUGGCACCCUUCCCGGUUCUCUAUUCAGUAGGAAAACAAUAAUAGCAGGUAAUUUUAGAAAAAGACCUUGAAUCAUGGACACAGUGUGCUCAUCACAUUUAUAACACUUGUGUCAUUUGUGAAACAUUGGUGCAAAACAAUUCUACCUAUAUCUUAUCCUAUUGUACUUAUCCUUUCUCUCUGUCUCUCAUCUAUCUAUCUA